CGCAAUUAUUUUUUAAGUUACCGCCGGUUGGAGUGGUACGAGGGUGCGUGGUGCGCCGUGCGUGCAGGCGUCGCGAGCGUGAUCGGGCGCGUUAGAGAUCCUGUCGGGACGUCGGGCCGGGUGUCUGGUGCUAAAAGAGGGAAAAAGGAGCCUCCUCCUCUCCGUCAGCCGAGUGAGAGUGAGGAAGAGAGAGAGAGAGAGAGAGAGAGAGAGAGAGAGAAACGAGGCAGAUAGGUAGAUUGAGGAGGAGAGAUAGACGGCGAGAGAAAAAGAGAGAGAGAGAGAGAGGGAGAGAGAAAGAGAGAGAGAGAAAGGGUCGCGCGAGGAGACCCCGAGGGAGUGCCAUGCGUCGCGAAUCUCGUCGAGAGCUCGGCAUCACCGCGCGCUGAGGUGUGCUGUAAGCUCGGUUGUCUCGUCGCGCUCGUCGUGUCGCUCGUGCGCGCGAUUCGCACGAAUACGUUUCGUGUCUACGUUUACGUCCACGUCCACGUCGUCGUCGUCGUCGUCGUCGUCGUCGUCGCCGCCGCCGUCGCCGUCGCCGCAGUCAUCGACUUCGUCCUCGUCUUCGACCUCCUCACUGUCGUCGUCACCGCCGUCGUCGUCGUCGUCACGGUCACUGUCGCGAAGCUGAACGAUCCGCACGACGGAUUUCUUGGAAUGCUCUCGGGCUCUACCUGACACUACGUGGCCGUUUAGUCCAAGACGCUGAAAGAAAGACUAAAAACAUGGGAUGCAAUGCGGGCCGAUGCCUCGGUCCAGACGAUACGGGGUACCCUGGAUCAGGAUUCAUGGCAGCCAUUAGGAAGAAGUUGGUUAUUGUGGGUGACGGUGCUUGCGGUAAAACAUGUCUACUCAUAGUGUUCAGCAAAGACCAGUUCCCUGAAGUAUACGUACCGACAGUAUUCGAGAAUUAUGUCGCGGACAUCGAGGUGGACGGCAAACAAGUGGAACUGGCUCUUUGGGACACAGCUGGACAAGAAGACUACGACAGGCUGCGUCCGUUGUCGUAUCCGGACACGGACGUCAUCCUAAUGUGCUUCUCCAUCGAUAGUCCCGAUUCCUUGGAGAACAUUCCCGAGAAGUGGACACCAGAGGUGAAGCACUUCUGCCCGAACGUGCCCAUUAUCCUUGUGGGAAACAAAAAGGACUUGCGCAAUGAUCCCAAUACCAUUAAGGAACUCAGCAAGAUGAAGCAGGAGCCGGUCAAGCCCGAGGAGGGUAGGGCCAUGGCCGAAAAAAUCAACGCUUUUGCCUACCUUGAGUGUUCUGCCAAGAGCAAGGAAGGUGUGAGGGAAGUUUUCGAAACGGCAACCCGGGCUGCAUUACAAGUAAAGAAGAAGAAGAAGGGCAGAUGUAGGCUUCUUUAAGAUGUAAUGCCAAGUGAGCCCGAUAACACGGGCAAAAUUUAUGGAAUUGCGGAACUAGCUGCAGCGAAGCUAGUCGUAAUGCCGGAGACCCCUUGUGGAAACCAUGAUAACAACACGUACACAACAAACAUAUAUACAAACAUACAUCUUAUCUUUCAUUAUUUUACAUAAUAAAACAAGUUUGCAACAACAAAAAGGAAAAAAAAGAGAAGGUGCAACCGUGUUACACACAACACACACACAACACACAUUAUACAUACAUACGCACAUACACAACACACAAAUGUAAGCAGUCGUCGACGAUAAAGAAGGGACUUUGAGAAGCGCUAAAGUAAAUUCAAUACAAGUAUACCUUAUUAUAUACGAAAGCCUGUAAUGUAUAUUGUAAUGACCAUCUUGAUCGUGUAUUUUUUAACAGUAAUGAAUUGUGCUUCGAGUUUAAACGACUGUCAAGAACCUGUCAUUUUAUUUUAUGUACUUUGCGUCGCGACGCCAUAGCGUCGCUCGAUUCAAACAAAAACAAAUAUGAUUGUUAUAACAAUUA